AUGACAAACAACACUAGCGGCAGUGGCGAUCAGGGCGUCUCCGAAAGCCCUCAAUCUCCUCCCAUCUCUCCUCUUUCUCCUCCUCCUUCUCCUUCCCAAAGUCCCGUUACUCCUGUUAGCGGGCCUCCAGCAAGCCCCACCACCGCUAACACUGGAACUGCCGCCAGUUCCAGUGUCAUUGUUGCUGGUCCCACCAUCGCUAGCACUGGGACUGCCACCAGUUCCGGUGUCAGCGUUGGUGGUCCCACCAUCGCUAGCCCUGGGAUUACCAGUGCUAGUGCUGGUGGUAGCGGCAGCCACUCCAUCGUUCCUCCAAGGAAGCGAGAACACAUGUUGGCUGCUGGCGAAGGAUCAUCAGGAGAAGGAGGAGGGGAGGAACCCCGUAACGUGAGGCCGAAUGUGCCUCCACCUGAUGCCGUACCGGUAGAGCAAAGACGCUGUUCUGUGUGUGAAAAGGAGUUCGGUUCGGUGAAAGCGUUGUUUGGACACAUGAAUUCACAUCCGAAUCGAGGGUGGAAAGGGGCGUACCCUCCUCCUACGUUUAACAGGGAGGAGGAAUUUGCUGAUCUUGAUCUUCACGUGCCAAUAGAACCAAACGUGGAAGUUGCAGACGAACCUGAAAGGCCCAACGAAGUACUACCCGAUCUAAAUGCACCCGGACCUGCUCCGGAACCUGGAGAAGAACAGUAUAAAUUGCCGGACCUGAAUCUGCCUCCACCAGCAGAGGAGUAAAAGAGUAGUACUAAAUGUUUAUCAUCAUGUUAUGUCGAUUUUGUGGCUGUGUGGGGGCAAUGA